GUUUUCUGCUUGUCGAACUUUUGAUGAAGUAGACAAGCUUCCGUUGUUUAUUCAAAUCUACAUCAAUACCUGCUGACAGCGGUCGUUGUAAAAAAAUGUAGCGGGCCGCACGAUCCAGCACGAAUUUGGAUAAUGAAAAUACUCGACGCUUAGGAGAAUGAAUAUCGAGUAGCGUCACACAGAGUUUUAUUAUAACUCAUGAUUCUCGAUCUCGGUUUCCUUUAAGUCAUCUUCGGUAUUUUUUUUCCUCCGUAGAGUAGAUCUUAUUCCACCUGUUGUCGUCCUAUUUUGUUUUUCCUCCUGCGUAGUUAGUGCGAAUUAGCUUUCUUAUCAAUCUGUUGUGAAUUGUUUCUGUUGUAAAGUAACUUUCAUUCCACCUUUUUUUGCAGUAGUUGGGGAUAGACAAGAAUGCAGUGUUUAAGCUGAAGUGUGGGCUGAGCCGCGAUCUCCAAGUUCCACCCAGCCGAAGUGUUUCCGUUCAUUGGCGCCAGCCUUCGGAAAGCCCAGUAUUCGACGAAGUGCGAACCAGUGAUCCGGCAUCCUGCCUCAGAACUACUUUGUCGCGGCGAACACUGCGGCAAAAACAAAAGAAGGACAUUACGACCACCGCACGCAAUGGCAUUGGGAGUGGAGCAUUAUGCAAAUCCGUGAGUAUCUCCUAGCUAUGAGGUCAUCAUAUCGAGGUGGUUUUGCAAGCUCGAUGCGCUACCGCAACAUGCUGCAAACGGGUCGUUUGUAACAUGUAUGGUACCCGCAACAUGCGACAAGUGUUUUUUUUCAAGCAAUCCAUCGACAACCAUCUACUUCUGAAGGAAAAUUUUUGACUACUACCAAGUGGUAGGACCCGAAGGGCCGCGGACGGUUAUAGUACCUCUCCCCCGGUCGGGGAACCCGGCAAGCAUCUUGCUUCACAAGAGCGCAGAGUCGCUACAACUCGUUUUGCCACAUCCUACAUGGUCGUGACGGAAGCGUCUGAAUUGUUUUCGGCGAUAUUGAAGAAGCACUGACGUGGCUCUACCAAAAACAUAGGUCCGUAGACGUCCACACCUAUUGCGACUAAAAACAAAUUACAACGAACGAGAAGACCACUACAACGAAAUGACUAAAGCGAAUCGACAACAAUUGGACGACUACCCAGCUAGACGACAACGAUUAAUCUAGACAACAACAACUGAACACUUAGAGGACCACGACGAGUACAUCUCUCCGCGAUAGCAGUUUCCUCAUCACCUCAGCAGGGCUGUGAAGCGUAGGAACAACCGUUAUUUCGGCGGUCUUGGCAUACAACAACAACAACAACAAAAAGAAGCCUAGCUCCCUCACUCUUGAAGAAUCUUGAACCCCUGAUAUUGUAAAGCCCGGCAAUCAACAUCUUCAUCGGCAUCAUGACGUCCAAACUGGAAACAAAGGGCGUGCGCGUCUUCUUGGGAAACAUUCCCUUUGAAGCAAAUGAAACCGAUAUGCGGGCCAUCUGUGAGCUCGCAGGCCGUGUAGUAGAAUUCCGAUUUGUGAUGGACAAUCGACGAGCCAGACAUAAGGGAACAGGGUAGAACCUUGGCUAUUCAACUGUUUUGAUUUCAAUGUGAUUGUGUUUGUGAAGAUCACGAUCAUAGACGACGAUUUAAUUUUAGACUGUUCAGUGCAAACAAAUAUAAUUAUUUUAUGAAGUUACAACUAGUUACAACUUGAACUUCUUGAUGUGAACACCAGUACUAUCGCUGAAUGUCACUUUUCUGGUAAAUUGUCAGAAACAAGAAGAUGAUUCUGCAAAAAGAAGAUCCUAAGUACCUCAAAAAUUUCGAAAACAGUUUUUGCGAGUAUCCUAAGUACCUUAAAUAUUUCGAUAACAGCUUUUGCGAGUAUCCUGACGUAG